AUGUGCCAGGAAUCUGUCUCUGUUCCCAGGUUCCCUUCGUCUCUGUUCCCAGGUUCCCUUCGUCUCUGUUCCCAGGUUCCCUCCGUCUCUGUUCCCUCCGUCUCUGUUCCCUCCGUCUCUGUUCCCUCCGUCUCUGUUCCCUCCGUCUCUGUUCCCUCCGUCUCUGUUCCCUCCAUCUCUGUUCCCUCCGUCUCUGUUCCCAGGUUCCCUCUGUCUCUGUUCCCUCCGUCUCUGUUCCCAGGUUCCCUCAGUCUCUGUUCCCUCCGUCUCUGUUCCCAGGUUCCCUCCGUCUCUGUUCCCUCCGUCUCUGUUCCCUCCGUCUCUGUUCCCAGGUUCCCUCCGUCUCUGAUCCCUCCGUCUCUGAUCCCUCCGUCUCUGAUCCCUCCGUCUCUGAUCCCUCCGUCUCUGAUCCCUCCGUCUCUGAUCCCUCCGUCUCUGUUCCCAGGUUCCCUCCGUCUCUGUUCCCAGGUUCCCUCCGUCUCUGUACCCUCCGUCUCUGUACCCUCCGUCUCUGUUCCCUCCGUCUCUGUACCCUCCGUCUCUGUUCCCUCCGUCUCUGUAACCUCCGUCUCUGUUCCCUCCGUCUCUGUUCCCUCCGUCUCUGUUCCCUCCGUCUCUGUUCCCUCCGUCUCUGUUCCCUCCGUCUCUGUUCCCUCCGUCUCUGUUCCCUCCGUCUCUGUUCCCUCCGUCUCUGUUCCCUCCGUCUCUGUUCCCUCCGUCUCUGUACCCUCCGUCUCUGUACCCUCCGUCUCUGUUCCCUCCGUCUCUGUUCCCUCCGUCUCUGUUCCCAGGUUCCCUCCGUCUCUGUUCCCAGGUUCCCUCCGUCUCUGUUCCCAGGUUCCCUCCGUCUCUGUUCCCAGGUUCCCUCCGUCUCUGUUCCCAGGUUCCCUCCGUCUCUGUUCCCAGGUUCCCUCCGUCUCUGUUUCCUCCGUCUCUGUUUCCUCCGUCUCUGUUCCCUCCGUCUCUGUUGCCAGGUUCCCUCCGUCUCUGUUGCCAGGUUCCCUCCGUCUCUGUUGCCAGGUUCCCUCCGUCUCUGUUGCCAGGUUCCCUCCGUCUCUGUUGCCAGGUUCCCUCCGUCUCUGUUCCCUCCGUCUCUGUUCCCUCCGUCUCUGUUCCCAGGUUCCCUCCGUCUCUGAUCCCUCCGUCUCUGAUCCCUCCGUCUCUGAUCCCUCCGUCUCUGUUCCCUCCGUCUCUGUUCCCAGGUUCCCUCCGUCUCUGUACCCUCCGUCUCUGUACCCUCCGUCUCUGUUCCCUCCGUCUCUGUACCCUCCGUCUCUGUUCCCUCCGUCUCUGUUCCCUCCGUCUCUGUUCCCUCCGUCUCUGUUCCCUCCGUCUCUGUUCCCUCUGUCUCUGUUCCCUCCGUCUCUGUUCCCUCCGUCUCUGUUCCCUCCGUCUCUGUUCCCUCCGUCUCUGUUCCCUCCGUCUCUGUACCCUCCGUCUCUGUACCCUCCGUCUCUGUUCCCUCCGUCUCUGUUCCCUCCGUCUCUGUUCCCUCCGUCUCUGUUCCCUCCGUCUCUGUUCCCUCCGUCUCUGUUCCCAGGUUCCCUCCGUCUCUGUUCCCAGGUUCCCUCCGUCUCUGUUCCCAGGUUCCCUCCGUCUCUGUUUCCUCCGUCUCUGUUUCCUCCGUCUCUGUUUCCUCCGUCUCUGUUCCCUCCGUCUCUGUUCCCUCCGUCUCUGUUGCCAGGUUCCCUCCGUCUCUGUUGCCAGGUUCCCUCCGUCUCUGUUGCCAGGUUCCCUCCGUCUCUGUUGCCAGGUUCCCUCCGUCUCUGUUGCCAGGUUCCCUCCGUCUCUGUUGCCAGGUUCCCUCCGUCUCUGUUGCCAGGUUCCCUCCGUCUCUGUUGCCAGGUUCCCUCCGUCUCUGUUCCCAGGUUCCCUCCGUCUCUGUUUCCUCCGUCUCUGUUGCCAGGAGUCCUGUGA